AUGGAUUUUGAAAAUUCCGACCAUGAUAGUUUGUCGGCCGAAUUUGACUUCAGAGGAAAUGCAGAGCCAACUGCUAUGGACCCUCAUCGUGAUGAUGUGAUUAGCGAUCGUCAACAAAACAUACUAAACGAUCUGAGAAUACAUUUAUGUCGCGAAAAUUUUAUCUAUUUAAAUAAUCAUAAAGAAGUAGAAGCGAUAGCGUUGCUCUUGAUCAAUGACAUUUUAAAGAAGACACCUAAGGACCCAUACAGACAUGCAGCCAAUUACUUGGGAAAUUCGAAUACAGCCUACCUGGUGGCUAACUUUAAGCGGCCCGAAGAUUUUCAGUAUGAGGAAAUUAUCAAAAAGGAUAACGAACAAUAUGCGACAGCAUGCGCAGAACUGAAAAUGUCUACUUGUGAGCAUGUUAAAUCGGUGGUUACCAUGGAUGAACAGACCGAGGAGUUAGAAGACGGUGAAACCGAUAUGGUGGAGGACCCAUAUCACUUAAUGACAGGGGAUGGAGAGACCAGUUAUGUAAUAGAAGAAGGGGCAGAGAUAUCGAUUUACCAAAAAUAG